AUGCGUAGCAAAAGUUUCGCCUCGGGAGACAAGUGUAUCUGUAGCAUCCGCAACGAUUGCAUUAUCAAUGGAGGAACAUCGUUAUGUAUCGUGGACUCCGACCACUCCGACCACUCCGACAACUCCGACCAGUACACCAUUCAGUCUUCCCGUGAUAUAAAAUACGACAUCCUGCUGAUACAAGGCUCACAUGUCGUGUCUUUGUAA